UACGGCAUGUAGACAAAUAUAGUUCUUAGGUUUAAUUGUUAACCGUUCGUUAAGCAUGUAAAAGGAAGAAGAAGUAUCUUUUUAUUGUUAAUGAAAGAAGCGACGAAAAAUGAUAACAAUCAAUAAUAAUUGCUAAGUAUUUUGCGAAAUAGCGAAAUAUGCGUUGACUAGUGCAAUUAAAAUGGGAACAAAUUUUUCGACCAACUCCAAGAAGAAGAGAGUGAUUCAUUGAUUUUAGUUCGUAUAAGAAAGUGAUUAUUUUGAUCAGAUUGCUGUCAUUGCGGGGGAGUGAGUGGAUGCCACCACUGUAGGAAGGAAGAAUGUCUUGCGAACAAUGUCAUGUAAAAUUUACGGUUUUCAAACGAAAGCGUAGCUGUUCGGACUGCAAGCGAUAUUUUUGCCACAACUGUCUGGUGAAUACACGCAAAAAUUCACAGCUCUGCGAAAGGUGUAUUCUUUUUAGUAGAAGGCCACUGGAAAGGUCCGACUUGGUAAAACUGAAAACCAAAGAUUUGAUAUUUUAUCUGCAGUCGAAACACAUUUCGACAGCUGGCUGUGUAGAAAAGGAAGACUUAAUUGAUUUGGUUAUACAAUGUGUUGAACGUAUGGACUCCAAUCAGUACCAGUCAUCGUCAAGUGGUAGUAGUAAGAGUAGCAGCAAGAAUACAACUCCACAACAUCAACCACCAAAUAAUAGUGGCAGUGGCGGUGGAGGUGGAAGUCGACCAUCAGAUGGUGGUGCUGCCGCCGGUGGUGGAAGAAGAUCAUUCGAUAAUACAACCUCCUUUGAUAAUAUUAAACAAACGUGCCAAAAUUUCUUUAGUAGUUUAAGCGAUAACAUAAGUGAUUCCUUUGCCAAUUUGGAGAGCAGGGCUUGCUCUAAAACCCGAGUGGGCAGAAAUAAUUGUAGUAAUGGGCAAAAUAGACCAAGCAACGUUACCGAGCAGCCUCGGGUAGCAACCAGGGAGAUACCAACAUACGCAAGCAGACAACAAGAAACGGUGACGGGUAACCAUAGUCCAAUCAGAGAAACAGCAGUUCCAGUUCAAUCGACUGUUUCAAGUCCUGUACAGCAGGAACCACAGACAAUUCAAUUACCCAUACCUUCUCCCACAGCAAACACAAAUGAAAUAGCACUCCAAUCGACAGCGGGGGAAGAAUUAAUAGCGGCGGUUAAUGGCAGUGCUCGAGACGAUCUGGCUAUUGCAGAAGAAGCUGCCGGUGAUUGUGAAUGCUCCGAUGAAGAAUUGAUAGUCACUUUCAAUUCUCGCACUAGAUCUCCCAAAAUAUCGAUAGAGACUAACCAAUCCUUGAGUAAUGACGAGGCUGACCAGGCUGCUAAUUGUGGGCCUUCAACAUCGGCAUCUACCUCCAAGCCUUCUUCACAGUAUUCAAAACUAGAAAUUUACAUCAAUGAUGAGGAAGAUUCUUCGCAUUCAUCAUUCGAAGAGCUGGGUGCAAUUGGUGGUAUAUAUGAUGACAGCAAAACCACAACUGACACAACAAGUAACACCACAGAUCAAUGGCAAAUGUUGGACCUUAAGCAGGACCCAGCUUCAAAUCAUACAGUUGAUGCAACCGACUCCAACAGUCCAUUUGCAGCUAAGGAGCCAAUAGAAACAUCGCCGAAAUCACAGCACCUUCGUUCAAAAAAAGUAACACGUAGACGCUCCGAAAGCUAUCUUAACCGUAGAAGACCUCAGUUCAGCCUUGAAGACGAAGAUGAUGAAGGAACUGCAGCACUUUCCUCAUCUCUCUACAAUCCUUCCUCCCACACAAGAAUAGAAGAAGAAACACAGACAUCGACAGCGACCAGCAACACCGCAAAACGGUGCUGUCUACGCUGCGGUAAAAAUAAGGUUAACAUACGAAACCAAGUUGAAAAAAUGCGUAAACAUUUGGAAAGUUCUCAAAUGUCUGAAUCCGAUAUAAAGCAAGAGUUGUGUGAGUUUUUGGCCUACCUUGAACAACGCACUAAAUCGGUAGAGUAUUCUGACUCGGAGGCUGGAGCAUCGACUCCAAGUGCAGGAGCACAUACAGAGAUCCAACUGCCAGACUACAAUGUCACAGAGCGGGCUACAGCCCACAGCUAUGUGACAGACAUCGAUACUUCCACAAGUAUUUGUGAGAAGGACUCAAGAUUUAUAAACUUGGAAGACUAUGACACUCUCAAACAAUUGGAGAAUUUAAGCGUCAAACAAUUGAAAGAGGUGUUAAUGUUACACAGAGUCGACUACAAAGGCUGUUGCGAAAAAACCGAAUUACUCGAUCGAGUGGGGCGUUUAUGGAAAAAUUUAAAAUCCACUCCAGCCGUUGAAAAACUACCUACAGACGAACUGUGUAAAAUUUGCAUGGACGCACCCAUUGAAUGUGUGAUCUUAGAAUGUGGCCAUAUGGCCACCUGCACUAAUUGUGGCAAAGUUUUAAGUGAGUGUCCCAUAUGUCGGCAGUACAUAGUAAGAGUCGUUAGAUUUUUCCGCGCUUAGGUAUUUUAUUGGAACAAAUCUUCAUUUUGCUAUAACACUUAUAUACAUAUACCCUUUGAAAGGGUAUGAGUUUAAACUCAAUUUAAGUUUUAGAAGGCGCAUCAAAACGCCAUUCACUAUUAACUUUAAAUGUUUGUAUUUGAUUAACAGGAAAUGUUUCGUAUUAAUUUGUAAUUUAAAUUAAAACAAGUUUACUCUAUAGAAUUUAGACUAAAUACAAUUAUUAUUAUUAUUAUUAUAA